GCCCCCGAAGCCCGGCUCGGCCCUGUCGCGCGUCCGUUCAGGUCAUUGAAAUAGUUCACUUGCGUUGUGGGGAGCGUUAGAAGAUGGUUUCCGCGGAGAUGUGAGCAAGCGGUUUUCAUUUCGUAACUUCUGUAAAGUCGCUGAAUCCUCUUUCCCGCUCCAUACAGCUGCGCUAAACUCAGUUUACCUUUAGUUUUGUGUCUCUUUAAUCUCGCCACCAGGUUUUUCAAUUCUUUUGAUAGAAGACUACGUCUUAGUUGUUUCUAGAAAUUCUUCGUAUGCCGCGUGCCCAGUUAGUGCUUUUCUUUUUGAAGUAAUAAGAAGAAAUGUGAGAAAACAGAUCCUUGUUUCACAGAGGCUAGUAACCACGUUUUACGAAGUGCUUACUAACUAUUCAGUCUUUUUGCCUACUUCUGUAUUUUCUUCUUCCCAGGCCGGAGCUACUCUGCCAGGUUGAAAAGUUUAAAUGACCAUAAAGGGUAUUAUUUACGAGGAAAUGAGAGGAAGUCAUCUCUACCUCUUCCAGUCUGUUUUCCUUAGGAGACCAUAUUAAGCUUACAUGGAAAUUAAAACUUUAAUAAAUAACUAAUGCUGCCAAGUUAAAGUUGAGAUUCAGGUUCUGUAGUAUUUGUAAGUACUGCAUUUCAAAAUAAUUAGCCAAAUGAGAAGUUGGAAAAAGUCAAACCUGUGGAAACUAAGCAGAAGUGAAGACUGCGAGCUCUGAACUUUCCCCGUGAUGCGGGCCGUCCGGCCGUAGAGCCCAGCGGACUCUUCGGAUUUCAUUUCUGGCGGUGUGACUUUCUUCGUGGCCCUCUGUGCGCAGCUUAACCUCUAUCUGCAGCGGCCCGCGUCACCCUGCCUCCAGCACCAGCGGUUUCUCUGUCCUGUGAUCAAUGUGAUUCACAGGAACUUCUUCAGUAACAAACGAAAUGAGCGAGGGGCGUGGAAAAUAUGACUUUUAUAUCGGUCUGGGAUUGGCUAUGAGCUCCAGCAUUUUCAUUGGAGGCAGUUUCAUUUUGAAAAAGAAAGGACUUCUGCGGCUUGCCAGAAAAGGCUCCAUGAGAGCAGGUCAAGGUGGCCAUGCAUACCUCAAAGAGUGGCUGUGGUGGGCGGGGCUGCUGUCAAUGGGAGCAGGUGAGGUGGCCAACUUUGCUGCGUAUGCCUUCGCACCGGCCACCCUCGUGACUCCGCUGGGCGCUCUGAGCGUCUUGGUAAGCGCCAUUCUGUCUUCAUACUUCCUCAGCGAGAGACUGAACCUUCACGGGAAGAUCGGCUGUUUGCUGAGCAUCCUGGGGUCCACAGUUAUGGUCAUUCACGCCCCAAAGGAAGAGGAGAUCGAGACUUUAAAUGAAAUGUCUCACAAGCUCGGGGAUCCAGGCUUUGUGGUCUUUGCGACACUCGUGGUCAUUGUGUCCUUGAUACUGAUCUUCGUGGUGGGGCCCCGCCACGGACAGACGAACAUCCUUGUGUACAUAACGAUCUGUUCCGUGAUCGGGGCGUUCUCCGUCUCCUGCGUAAAGGGCCUGGGCAUCGCCAUCAAGGAGCUGCUUGCUGGGAAGCCCGUGCUGCGACACCCGCUGGCCUGGACCCUGCUUCUGAGCCUCGUGGUCUGUGUGAGCACGCAGGUCAACUACCUGAACCGGGCGCUGGACAUAUUCAACACGUCCAUCGUGACCCCGAUAUACUAUGUCUUCUUCACCACGUCCGUUCUGACGUGCUCAGCGAUUCUGUUUAAGGAGUGGCAAGAUAUGCCUGUUGACGAUGUCAUUGGUACUCUGAGUGGCUUCUUUACAAUCAUUGUGGGAAUAUUCUUGUUGCAUGCCUUUAAAGACGUCAGCUUUAGUCUAGCAAGUCUUCCUGUAUCUUUUAGAAAAGACGAAAAAGCAACGAAUGGCAAUCUCGCUAAUAUGUAUGAAGUUCUGAGUAACAGUGAAGAAAGUUUAACUUCCGGAAUCGAACAACACCCUGGUGAAAACAUCUCUCGAAGAAAUGGAAAUCUGACAGCUUUUUAAGAAAGAGGUGAUGAAAAAGUAAAUCUAUAAUUGUUAAGUGAAUUUGAAUAUCAGAAUGUUUCUGAAAAAGCAUUAUUCUCAAAUAAUGUUCUCUAGAGACAAUCUUUUUUAAAGUUUCACUAAUUUGGACCAAGAAGUUACUUUUCUUAUAUUCAGAUGAUGGUCGCUCACUAAAAUGACCUCGGUACCAGGCCAGUUUUUGUUAACGUUGUUGUUAUCGUGGUGGUACUGAAACUUUUCCUUCUCCCAAAUCUAAAUGCACUGAUGACAGUUUUAAGUCUAUAAAAAUGCUUUAUUUUUUCAUUGGUGAUGAAAGUCUGAAUUGGACAUCUGUCAUGCCCACUCCGUCAAUCCCUGACUAUUUUUAAACCUUUUUGAUUUAAAAAAGAACAAAACCAUCCCAAUACAUUAUCCUGUGAUUUACCCUACCUACAGAAAUGACUUCUGUUCUAAUUAUUUUAAUUUUGAAAUGUUAAAGAGAAUCCUAAGGUUAUUAAAUGAAAGAAACUCACUUAUAAAACAAAGGAUAGGAAAUCACUCCACAGGAGCAUUCCUCAGGCUGUGACUUGUCCCCACACACACUGGAUGGCCUUCCUCCCUGGCCCUGUGUUGACCCAGUACAUCCUGCAUCUGUCGGGCUGCCUGGCCUGACCGGCUGCAUUCUUCAGUGACUCUGAUCCCCGACACCUGGGACCUUGGUUACCCUCUUACAUCUCUUGUACUUGCCAGUGUAUUUUCAUAAUGAGUCACACUCUCAUACAGAUCUUUUGGCCACUCUGGGAAAUGUUAGACCAGGGUAAUUUUUAAAAUUUAGCUCACGUUACGAUAGACAAACUGAAACAAAGUUCUAAGUCCGGAUGCGUACGACAAACUUAAGAUGUUUGUACCAAGUACUUUACUUUGCUUGAAUUCAUUUGGACAACUCCAUAUUUUGAUCUUUUCAAAACAUCAAUGAAAAAAAUGUUUACAGAAAAUUUCAAACAUAUGCAAAAAAGGCUGAAUAGUAUAAUGAACUCAGCCUCAGACCCUGUCAUGGUAGCAGUUAAUUGGCCUCAAGAAUAUGUUGACAGUGUCCACCUGGGUGACAGGACGAACCCAGGUUGUGACUACUCUGCUCUUCUGCCCAGGGACACACAGCUUGACUCCGCGGUCCGCUGUGACCAGCCUCCACGGGCACCUCACUGUCCUUGUUGGGGGCAGGGGGCGUGUGGGCGCAUCCCCUGACGAUGGGACAUCCCACACAGCACUCUGCUGGCUUUAUCAGGAAGAGCUGGCUGUCCCUAUGCUUCAUGAAAUAAGUCCCCAUUUCCCCAACAUUUUAUCAUUGACUCUGCAGAGAGCUUUUUUAGACGUUUUUAUCCUACUGUCUCCCCCACUCCCCCCGGUAUAAUUUUAGCACCGCAGAUACACUGUGUAUUUGAUUAUGUGCUGUAUCGUAUCUGUACUUUGUACACAAUAGGGUAAGAACCAGUUUUCACCCGCUUCGGUGUGAUACUGCCCUCACUGAGAAUGCAGAGAUUAAUAAUAAAUUCUUAAUUAUUUAACACCUUA